GAAAGUCAAGGAGGAUAAUUUCUAAAAAAAAAAAAGGAAAACACCUGGAAGUGAGUGGGAAGAAAUAGUUCCAUGGAUAGCCAAAACUGGCAGGCCUUUGAGGAAUGAAAGAGUGGCUUGGAUCAAACAACCAUCAGGUUCCUUUCUUUGGCCAAGUGCAGAAGGACCAUUUCACAGAGUCAAGGGGAACUGCCAUUACUGGGCCAGAGAAAGCAGCCUCUCCAGAAGGAUAUCCUGGUUGAUGGUAUUGAAACCUGACAAGAGGUCUAGGAGGGACAUAAAGACUGUGCGCCUUCGAUCUCAAACCCUCCAACAGUCCAUGAGAAUUGCAAUCAAUAGCCCUUUUGGUAAUUUGCCAUGGCCUGAAACCAGACCAAGAAGGGCCCAGUGUCUUUACUCCUGCACAGCCCUUUCUCUGGGUGGCAAAAGUCAGAGCUGCAAGCAGAGGAGAGAGAGGAUGCCAAGAAGAGCACUCUGGACAACAGAGAAUGAGAAGCAGCACUAAAGUGCAAAUAAGCUAUCAUUCAAAAUAUUUUCCAAUUCCUCUGGAAAAUUUAAAAACUCUUCUUCCUCAGCAGAUGAGAGACAGGGGAAAGAAUAACAAGAACAAGGUUUUGAGCUGGAAAAAAUAGAGCACAUAGAACUGGAAAAAAAACAUUAAAUGAGAAAUCAAGGAGGAUAAUAUUUAAAUAAAGAAAAAGUGAGGAAGAACUUGAAGUCAGUAGGAAGAAAAAGGUUGCAUGCAGAGCCAAAAUUGCCACGCGUUAAUGAAAGCCUUUGAGGAAGGAAAGACUGGUUUGAACCAAACAACCACCUGGGCAAGAGAUCAGAAAUAUUUUUUGCCACCUCAGGAAUCCAAGCAUAUCAGUGUUGGAAAACCCCCGCAGACUGCGUAAUGUGGGAAAGACAUAGAUUGCAGAUCAUAUCUGAUUCUGCACAAGAGGAUCCAUCCAGUGAAAAGCCAUGCGAAAGUUUGGAGUGCGGCAAAAGCUUUUCCCCGGAAAAUUUCCUCAUGAUUCAUGGAAGUACCCAUACUGGAGAGAAGCUCUACCAGUGCUCCCAAUGUGGCAAAAGAUUUAGCAUUCAUUCCAAUACUGGGGAGAAACUCUUUGAAUGUCCUCUUUGUGGGCAAAGUUUCAGUCAAAAUUCCCACCUGGUGGAACACCAGACACAUACAGUAGAGAAACCGUAUAAAACUCCUGUUUCUGGGAAAAGUUUCAUUCGGAAUUCCCACCUGGUGAUAAACCAGAGGACAUACACAGGAGAAAAACCAUAUCAUUGCCUGGCUUGUGGGAAAAGUUUCCGUUGGAAUUCCCAUCUGGUGGAACACCACAGGACACACACAGGAGAGAAACCUUAUAAAUGUAGUGAUUGUGGAAAAGGUUUCAAUCAGAGUUCUAAGCUUGUGAUACACCAGAGAACUCACACAGGAGUAAAACCAUAUGAGUGUCCGGAUUGUGGGAAAUGUUUCAGUCAGAAUUCCAACCUGAUGAUACAUCAAAAAACUCACACUGGAGAAAAACCGUAUCAGUGUCUAUAUUGUGGGAAAAGUUUCCAGCAGAAUUCUAAGCUUGUGAUACACCAGAGGACUCACACAGGAGAGAAGCCAUAUGAGUGUCCAGAUUGUGGGAAAGGUUUCAAUUGGAAUUCCGAAUUGGAAGUACACCAGAGGACUCACACUGGGGAAAAACCCUAUGAGUGUCCAGAUUGUGGGAAAAGUUUCAAGCAGAAUUCUAAGCUUGUGAGGCACCAGAGGACUCACAUGGGAGAGAAACCAUAUGAGUGUCUGGAUUGUGGGAAAAGGUUCAGUCAUAAUUCGGACCUGGUGAUACACCAGAGGACCCACACUAGAGAAAAACCGUAUGAGUGCCCGGAUUGUGGGAAAAGUUUCCAGUUGAAUUCCUAUCUGGUUAAACACCAGAGAAUUCACACAGGAGAGAAACCAUAUAAGUGUCCAGAUUGUGGGAAAGGUUUCAAGUGGAAUUCCGAAUUGCAAAUACACCAGAGAACUCACACAGGGGAGAAACCAUAUGAGUGUCCAGUUUGUGGGAAAGAUUUCAGUAGUAGGUCUAGCCUUAUAAAUCAUGUUAGGUUACACACAGGGGAGAAACCAUUCAAGUGUCCAGAUUGUGGGAAAGCCUUUUCUCGAAAAAGUUUCCUCAUGAUUCAUGGAAGAACCCAUACUGGAGAGAAGCUCUACCAGUGCUUCCAAUGUGGCAAAAGAUUUAGCAUUCAUUCCAAUCUAGUGAGACACAAGAGGACUCACACAGGAGAAAAACCGUAUGAGUGCCUGGAUUGUGGGAAAAGUUUCCGUUGGAGUUCCAACCUUGUGGUACAUCACAGGACACACACAGGAGAGAAACCAUAUAUAUGUCCUGUUUGUGGGAAAAGUUUCAUUCGGAAUUCCCACCUGGUGAUACACCAGAGAACUCACACAGGAGAAAAACCAUUUCAGUGUCCGGAUUGUGGGAAAAGUUUCCGUGACAAUUCCCAUCUGGUGGAACACCAGACAACACACACAGGAGAAAAACCAUAUAAAUGUCUUAUUUGUGGGAAAAGUUUCAUUCGGAAUUCCCACCUGGAGAUACACCAGAGAACUCACACCGGAGAAAAACCAUAUCAGUGCCUGAUUUGUGGGAAAUGUUUCAGUCAGAGUUCCUACCUAGUGAAACACAAGAGGACUCACAGUGGGGAGAAACUCUUUGAAUGUCCUGUUUGUGGGAAAAGUUUUAGUCAAAAUUCCCGCCUGGUGGAACACCAGACGACACACACAGGAGAGAAACCAUAUAAAUGUCCUGUUUGUGGGAAAGGUUUCAGUCUGAAUUCCAAUCUGGUGAUACACCAGAGGAUUCACACAGGGGAAAAACCGUAUGAGUGCCUGGAUUGUGGGAAACGUUUCAUUCAGAGUUCUGACCUAGUGAAACACCAGAGGACUCACACAGGAGAAAAACCGUAUGAGUGCCCGGAUUGUGGGAAAAGUUUCCGUUUGAAUUCCCAGCUGGUGGAACACCACAGGACACACACAGGAGAGAAACCAUAUAAAUGUCCUGUUUGUGGGAAAGGUUUCAUUCGGAAUUCCCACCUGGUGAUACACCAGAGAACUCACACAGGAGAAAAACCAUUUGAAUGUCCGGAUUGUGGGAAAAGUUUCCGUGAAAAUUCCCAUCUGGUGGAACACCAGACGACACACACAGGGGAGAAACCAUAUAAAUGUCCUGUUUGUGGGAAAACUUUCAUUCGGAAUUCCCACCUGGUGAUACACCAGAGAAAUCACACAGGAGAAAAACCGUUUCAGUGUCCGGAUUGUGGGAAAAGUUUCCGUUGGAAUUCCAACCUGGUGGUACACCACAGGACACACACAGGAGAGAAACCGUAUAAAUGUAGUGAUUGUGGAAAAAGUUUCAACCAGAGUUCUAAGCUUGUGAGACAUCAGAGAACUCACACAGGAGUAAAACCAUUUCAAUGUCCGGAUUGUGGGAAAAGUUUCAGUCAGAAUUCCAACCUGAUGAUACACCAGAGAACUCACACUAGAGAAAAACCGUAUCAGUGUCUGGAUUGUGGAAAAAGUUUCCAGCAGAAUUCUAAGCUUGUGAUACACCAGAGAUCUCACAGUGGAGAAAAACCAUAUGAGUGCCCGGAUUGUGGGAAAAGUUUCCAGCAGAAUUCUAAGCUUGUGAUACACCAGAGAACUCACACAGGAGAGAAACCAUAUAAGUGUCCAGUUUGUGGGAAAGGUUUUAAUUGGAAUUCCGAGUUGGAAGUACACCAGAGGACUCACACAGGAGAAAAACCAUUUGAGUGUCCAGAUUGUGGGAAAGAUUUCAGUAUCAGGUCUAGCCUUAUAAAUCAUGUAAGGUUACACACAGGGGAGAAACCAUUCAAGUGUCCAGAUUGUGAGAAGUGUUUCACACAAAAUUCCUCUCUUAUCGCACACAAGAAACUCCAUAUGAAGCAAAAUUUGAUGUGUGUAGAGGAAUCUUGAAUUUCAUUUCUCUUCUUUCUUUGGCAGCCCAGUUCAGAAAAUAACCAUUUAAUUCCUUGCCUUAUUCUUUUUAUUCAAACAUGUCUUUUUAUUCAAACAUGAGGGAGUGGAUCUGAACUUCCUUUCUCUGGAGUUGUGUGGUUCCUUUUCAAAGCCUUGAGGGGAAUUGCCAUGCUGCGCUACAGAAAAGGCUCUUAGAUCUCUAUUAGGUAUAUUUGUCACCUUGAGUUAUUACUACAUCUAAUUAAGGUGGGAUAUAGAUAUCUAUAUAUAUAAAAGCAAAAACCACUUAUGCCGUAAUCAUGAAAUCUCCAGAACCAUAAAGCCUACAAAUUUGAAAUUUGCCAUGUAUGUUCCUCUUGGCUUCUAGGUGCUCGCUAAGAAAGAAUUUUUCAAAAUGACCAUUAGAGCGCUAGUAUUUCCUAUAUUAUUAUUAACAUACUCUGAUGCUAAGGAGUUCUACUCCCCCUCCCCACCUGAAAAGAAAUCUCUUCCAAAUGCAAAACUCAAGCAGAGGAAAGAAGUUUCACUUUCAGUUUUACUUUCUCAGCAGCAAGCAGCGUUACUACAAAACAGUUGAGCUAAGCCACGCUCAGCCUCUUUCCUAUCUCCUCCUUGCUCAUGCAGCAAAUACUGUUUGAGUUUCCAAACACCCCUCAACUCUCACGCUGAUAGGAUGCUAGCCAGAUGAAUACCAGUGGAUGCUGCGGGCUGGGACAUUCUUACGCCUCCAUUCCCUCUUUUCCAACUGCCAGUUGCAUUAUAUUAACACACACUGAUGCUAUGGACUUACACAUUCUACGUUAAGUUUCAGACUGUAAGUGUCAAUUUAUCAAACCCAAGCACAUAGUUUUGUAGCGAAGCAUGGGCCUCCAGCUAGUGGAGAAUAUUUCAGCAGGUUUUUAGUUGCUUGAGCAACAUCUAAAAGCGGAACCAAAUGUUUUAAAAGUGAGCCUAGCAUAUGUAUGUAUGUAUGUAUGUAUGUAUUGUUGUUGUUGUUGUUUUUAGUUGUGAAGUCAUGUCCGACCCAUCGCGGCCCGAUGGACAACGUUCCUCCAGGCCUUCCUGUCCUCUACCAUCCUCUGGAGUCCAUUUAAGUUCACGCCUACUGCUUCAGUGAUUCCAUCCAGCCACCUCGUUCUCUGUGGUCCCCUUCUUUUGCCUUCAAUCUUUCCCAGCAUUAGGCUAUUCUCCAGUGAGUCCUUCCUUCUCAUUAGGUGGCCAAAGUAUUUGGGGUUUCAUCUUCAGGAUCUGGCCUUCUAGAGAGCAGUCAGGAUUGAUCUCUAGGACUGACCGGUUUGAUCACCUUGCAGUCCAAGGGACUCGCAGGAGUCUUCUCCAGCACCAGAGUUCAAAGGCCUCAAUUCUUUGGCACUCAGCCUUUCUUAUGGCCCAACCUUCACAGCCAUACAUUGCAACUGGGAAAACCAUAGCCUUGACUAUACGCACUUUUGUUGGCAGGGUGAUGUCUCUGCUUUUUAGUACGCUGUCUAGAUUGGCCAUAGCUUUCCUCCCCAGGAGCAAGCGUCUUUUAAUUUCUUGGCUGCAGUCCCCAUCUGCGGUGAUCUUGGAGCCCAAGAAAAUAAAAUCUGUCACUAUUUCCAUUUCUUCCCCAUCUAUUUGCCAGGAAUUGGGAAUGCCGGAUGCCAUGAUCUUAAGUUUUCUUAAUGUUGAGUUUUAAGCCAACUUGUGCACUCUCCUUCACCCACAUCAAAAGGCUCUUUAAUUCCUCUUCGCUUCCUGCCAUUAGAGUGGUAUCAUCUGUAUAUCUGAGGUUGUUGAUAGCUGUUUGAUAGCUGCAAUACUGAUGUGUUGUUUCUUUUCAAACUCUACUUGCAAGCUAUCUACCCACCCCCACCCACUCACUCUCUCCAUCUCUUAUUCCACUACAAUGCCUUUCCUCACCCAGCAAAGGGGGGAGGGGACCCUGUUCUCAUGUCUUUCAGCCCUGCACAGAUGACUCUGAAACCUGUAGAAGCAGAGCACAUGGAUCCAGAUGCUUCCUCCAGAGGAGCCCUCCCAUCCAUUUGAGCCAGGAAUUGGGUUUGGAUCCAACCCUCCACUAGAAAGUCAUCACAGCAACCAGAGGGGAGCAGACCUUCCGAGGCCUGACUGAGCAGCCUUUCCACCAAGCAUGCCACCAGCAGACAUGAAAGAAAGGAUCCUGAGAUGGACCAGUAAAGACCAAGAUGUUUUUCAAUCCCCAGAAGACAGCUGGAAAGAUUAUGGGGGAAGGUUGAGAUUCAUUGUAAGGUUUUCUUUCUUGUCGCAUUUAUAUUGUGAUCAGUUAAUGUACUCGUAUAAGGAUUUUAUUUGAGAGGUGGUUGCCACAGCAAGUUCUGAACAGCUUAGAUUUCUGUCUGGUGGGAGGGAAAUUUGUCCAAAAUGUCUGUAUUUUAGAAGUAGCUGCAUACACAAGAACACACGCAGACACACCAUUCAGAAUUAGACUGAAGCUAUUCCUUUCCCUUAUUUCUACACAAAGCUUCUCCUAGGUUGAUUUUUGCUCUGUGGCACUAAAGCCCAAGCAAUCACUCCCUGCUAAUUCCACUGGGGGAGGAGCAAUUCCCCUCAGGCAAUUCCCUCACUUGGAUAGCAGAAAAAGAGAAAUGGGCAGCCUCUAAUUUAAAGGAAAAUCACGGCUGUGAAGAAUUUUGGGACUUGUGCUUGCUUGAAACCUGUUUGGAAGAUCACAGAAAGUGAUAUUUGACAUCUGAAGUUAAUUAGCAUAGACAAUUUGGAUACUGUACAUUUCUUACUGGAACUUUUCCCCCGGCUGCUAGGUCUUCAUAGUUGAAAGCUUUUGGAAGCCACUAAAGGAAUCAUUUUCUGUUGCCUCUAUCAAUGCCUUCCCCUUUGCAUCAGAAAAAUUAAAAGCACCCAUCGUCUCCCUGAUCUGAUCAAUUUUUAAUCUUUUGCCAAGACUAUGUGUCGUGUCCCACUCCUCCGCUGACGGCCGGGUCAGGGAAAUCCGAAUCAGGCUUGCCUCUGCAGCUCUGCCUAAAGUCCUAGCAAAGUCCUCAGAGCAGGCAGGAGACCAGAAAGUGACUUCAGCAAGAUAAGUUCGACUUUGCCUGACUCAGAGACUGCCAGAAAGCAGAUCCUUUAUAUAGGCCAUGGGGUGUGGCUCCGUGACUCAGCACUCAUUAAGGCCUGCCCCUCCCUUCCUUCUGUUGCCUCCACCUAUCCAGUCUUCUGAUGCAAGGGUCACUCCAAUCAGCAGCUGUUGGAAAUAAACUUUCCUCAGGCUCACAUGCUGUGGAGGAGGGGGAGGGGUCUAGCUGCUCCGUUUCCCUGGGCAUGGAGCCAGGGCUGGGGCCGGGGGAUGCUCCCUCCUCUGCAGCCUGCUUGGGCAUGGAGCCAGGGCUGGGACCGGGAGGUGCCCCCUCCUCUUCAGCUUGUCUGGGCAUGGAGCCAGGACUGGGGCCGGGAGGCAUACAUUCCUCCGUGUUCGGGAGCAGAUAAGAAGGCCCCGGCUGCUGUGAGAGCGGGCAAGACACAACACCAUGUGUGUCCCACCCACAUACUUUGGCAAAAAAGAGGGAUUGCAGAAAGUUAGCACCCACCUCUCUCCUAGAAAAAUGACAUAUUCUAGGAAAUAUUUAAAAGGCAGAAUAUUAUACCUUCCUGGAUGAGAAAAGGAGAAACAUGCUCUUGGAAAGUGACCCCCACCUUCGUUAAUAGCCCCAGAAAGACAAAAGACAUCUUAUCUACAACACAAAAGGCCUGCAGCUCCAGGGUGAUGGGAUUAAGAUAUGGCCCUCAGGACAUGAUAGGAUUAGCCUCUACCCAUUUCACCACAUGGCACCUGGGAAGGUUACAUCACCCAGCAAGGCUCAACCAAGCCUAGGACACAGACAGCCUAUAAAGUUAGCUAAGACCGCUGCCCCCUGGGAGUCUAACAGCCAAUACAUUUCUUGCACAGGAACCACUAAGGCAAGGCCCAAGAGAGUGUAUAAAUCGGUAUCUCUCUCCACUCCAUGUGCCUUUUUCUCCAGGACCUCAAACCAUGUGACCCUGUUCAUCAAUAAACUUUCCUAACAACU